GCGUAAUCAGUCGUGUGCAAUCGAGUGCCGGGUGUUAAAAAGAAAAAGAAAGGAAGAGGUUCAAAACUUUUACAAAAGCGUCUUUCGCACUCAAGAACUAAACAAAGAUUUGUAUGAAGCCUUUAUACGGAAUUGCCACGGCGUGUACAAAUAUGUGACCUUUAUUUAAACAACGUGGAGUCGAGUUUCGCCUCGUUGGAGAAAAGAUUUACUUAAGACAUGAGCAUCAAGCUACAGGACCUCAGGGUGUAAGAGGCGAUCACCAUGGCAACACAGUUUAGUAUUGAUGAUGCCUUUGUAUUGGAGGGCGAUGAGGAGGGAGCUGUGUCAGAUGGAGAGACAGAGGGAUGGAAGGGCAGAGACAUGGACAGAGAAGGAGGAGAGAUGACAUUUGGUCCUCUGACUUUCUCUAAACCUCAGGCUCUUCCCUCACCCGCUGCCGCCGGAUCCCCUGAGCACAGUAACCUGAAGUAUCAGAAUCUGGAAAAUGAAGAUGCUUUGGGCAGCAGUGGUAAUUCUUCUUUCAAUAACUUCUUCAAAAUCAGUGACCCGGCAACUCUGUCUUACUGCAGCUCCCAGUGGUCCUUCAGCACCUUGAGUUCUGUCACGCAGCUUUCUGCACACUGCUGUGGGUGGGUGUCCCAUCCGCUGGUGAAGAAAAACAGAAGAGUUGUUCUUGCUUCAUUCCUUCUCCUCAUCACUGGAGUUGCUCUUAUUUUCACGGGUGUUGUCAUACAGCUCAAUCCAAAUGCAGGGGUUUCAAGUGCUAUUUUCUUUGUUCCUGGAUUUCUUCUCUUCAUCCCUGGAGUGUACCAUGUGAUAUAUAUCAGCUGUGCUGUCCGUGGAAGAAGAGGCUUCAAAUUGUUCUACCUACCUUAUUUUGAAAAAUAACAUUUUAUGAGACAUUUCAUUUUCACCACAUUUCGUUGUUUGUUACCCUAAAAUGAAUUGUAUGUUGUCACUUUUAACAAAAAAUAUACUGUCACAUGUUUCACAUUGUUUUUUCUUGUCAUUGUAAUGACCACUACUAAUUUAACCACUCAGUGCCUGGAGUGUGUUUCCACUACAUGAACUGAUGUUGUUGUAUGUGUACAUGAAAAAGAAGGAAAUUGGUCUUGCCUGUGUUUUCUGUUGUGUGAAUAAUGACUGUGAAAUUACAAUAAAACGUUUCUAUAUUUUAA